AUGGAGGUAGCAGGGGUACUGACCCUUUACAAGCGUACUCCAGAGGGGAUCAGAUACAGCCCAUUUGUUGGGGAUGGUGAUAGUAAAUCAUACUCUCAGCUUGAACAAGCUGCACCAUAUGGACGUUCAUUCCACAAACCGAAGGAGGACUGCAUUGCGCAUGUUACGAAAAGGAUGGGCACCAAUCUCAGGAAGAAAGUGGCAGAAUACAAAGGUAGGAAAACUUGUUCAAAAAUGCUGUACUCAACAGCUACAGCAUUACUAUUCAGUAAACAUGCCUAAAUGUUCACUCCGGUAUACUGCCCUAAGGAAUCUAACCCAAAACCUGUUAUAAUUAUAAUACCAAGCAUGAAAGCUCAGUGGCAGAUUUUCGAAAUACACUGGCACGCGGGAAUGGGCCUCAAAAGGCUGGAAUUUUAGUGCGUGGUGGGCGAUGAAUUUCCUGCCUUCGCAUAGCCUCGCUUUGGUGCUGAACAAAACGUGUGCAUCAAAUUAUUUCGAAAAUGGUCCAUUUUGUUUAGUUUCUAUCGGCCAAGAGCAUAUCAUGUGAACAUGAAGAAACUCAGCUGUUUACCUGGUGACGAGUUUGUCAUACCAAUAAUAUGUUGCAGACCAGCAAUAACAAAGAUACAUGCCAAAUAACAAAGUCACAUGUUAAAAUUCAUUUACAAAAAUUAUUCACCUCCAUUUUCCUUGCCAUGAGGAAAGAUGGCAAAUUUUCAAAAUAAUGAUAGGACAACAUUCUCCCAAACAAGCAAGCAGUAAAAUUGCUUUUAUCUGCAUUUUGUCCAGACAAAAAAUACUGUUUAAAGCCUCUGCACUUGGUAUGAUAAUUAAGCAAUGAUUUACUGGUAACUCAGGAAAGCAGUAUGUUUCGCGGCUCCUCAACGACCCAUGUUUCCCAGGGGGGACUCAGACCUGAGGUCCAGAGAUGAAAAAAGCAUGCUUUGAAAAUUACAAUAACUAGAUGGGAAAACCUCCCACAAAAAAGGUGGCACUGACCACUAACCCACCCCCCACCCCCUCUGAAAAAAAAAACAGCUGUUUUAUUUGAGGUUCGUUUUGUGAUGUCUGCAUUUUAGGCAAAAAGCUUGCUGAUGGUCGAAAGGGACUAGGUGGCGUUGGUGGCCUGACAACCAAGAGAAUCGACAGCAUGCAAGGCUGGUAUGGACAGGCCAUCCGAAACAAGGGAGAUGCCAAGGCAAUGUCCAAGGCUACACAUGCCAUAUGA